AUGUUUAUACCGGUACUAACGAAAUAUUUUAUACCGAACCUUAUGAUACAACCAUAUUACAUUUUUUUGGUUAUAUUUCCUCUAAUUUUCACGGGCUUGACUGACGCAGUGGAUGUGGAAGCAAUUGUGACUGGUGGCGGAGUUACUAGCCAAGCUGGUGCCGUUCGUUGGGGGAUUGCAUGGGGUCUCAGAAGUUUUGUCAAUUCAGAGAUGUUGGAAAAGAUGAGAGUUGCUGGACUAUUAACGAAGGACCCUAGAAGUCGUGAAAGGAAGAAGCCUGGACAGGAAGGCGCAAGAAGGAAAUUCACCUGGAAGAAACGUUAA